UCUGGAGCAGCCAUGAACCCAGUUGGCGGCGUUCACCGAGGCUACCUCAGGAAAUACGGUGGCUUCAUGUUCAAACAGUGGAAGGACAAGUACGUGGUUCUCAGCGUGGAGGGAAGCCUGCUGGUGUGCCGAGACGGCGAGUCCCCGCCCGACCAAGUGGUGGACCUGCAAAGCCACUGCGAGAUGAUCGUGGAGGGACGCGAGAUCUUGGACCUUCCCAGGCUGCCAACGGGGGGCCGCAGGGACUGCUGCUUCGCCCUCGUCCUUCAGCAGAGCAAGUUUCUGCUGAUGCUCGCCGACAACCCGGACGACUGCGCUUUGUGGCUGAAGCUGAUAAGAAAAGUUAGAGAGGGCGUCAUGUCACCUGCCGGCCUGCAGAGGCAGCGCAGCAUCGCCCGCUGCAUCACCGACAGGGACCCUCUGCCCGACUCUGGCAGCGACAAGGACCCCGGCUCGCCUCGGCCCAGCGAGGCUAGCACCCCGCCGUCGACCCACGUCACAGAGAGAGGCGGCUCGCUGAGAGAGAGACGGCAGAGUCAAGGCCGGUUUUUGGAUCUUUACAGAAUCAGACAUUGGUUUCAAAGAUGGGUAGAAUUAUAUUGAUGGUUUUUUUUUUCAUCAGUUAGUGC